GGAGCCGCGCCCCCGGGAGCCGCAGUGCCCAGCGGCCUGGGGUCGGCGCAGAGCGCGCGGGGAGCCGGCGGGGAGCAGGAGCAGGUGAGCCAGCGCCAUGGGGCAGGCGGGCUGCAAGGGGCUCUCCCAGUCGCUGUUAGACUACAAAACCGAGAAGUACGUCAUCGCCAAGAGCAAGAAGGUGGGCCUGCUCUACCGGCUGCUGCAGGUCUCCAUUCUGACCUACCUGGUGGUCUGGGUGUUCCUGGUGAAGAAGGGUUACCAAGACACUGACACCUCCCUGCAGAGCAGCAUUGUCACCAAAGUCAAGGGUGUGACCUUCACCAACACAUCUGAGCUCGGGGAGCGGCUCUGGGAUGUUGCCGACUAUGUCAUCCCACCCCAGGGAGAGAACGUCUUCUUCGUAGUCACCAACUUGAUCGUGACCGCCAACCAGCGGCAGGAAACCUGUGCUGAGAGCGAAAGCAUUCCGGAUGCCUGGUGCUACACAGAUAGUGACUGUCCCCCUGGGGAGCCUGUUGUGGCUGGAAAUGGAGUGAAGACUGGCCGCUGCCUGCGGGUGGGCAGCAUGCAAAGGGGCACCUGUGAGGUGUUCGCCUGGUGCCCCGUGGAGACAAAGCCCAGACCAGUGAAGCCACUGCUGGGCAAGGCUGAAGACUUCACCGUUUACAUAAAGAACUUCAUUCGUUUCCCCAAAUUCAACUUCUCCAAGACCAAUGUGCUAGACACCAAUGACAGAGCUUUCCUGAAAUCCUGUCGGUUUGGCCCCAAGAACCCCUACUGCCCCAUCUUCCGACUGGGGUCUGUGGUCAGCUGGACGGGGAGCAACUUCCAGGAGAUAGCUGUGCAGGGUGGUGUGAUAGGAAUUCAGAUUGAAUGGGAUUGUGAUCUUGAUAAAGCUCCUUCUGAAUGCAACCCUCACUAUUCUUUUAGCCGUCUGGACAACAAAUUUUCAGAAAACUCAAUCUCCUCUGGGUACAACUUCAGGUUUGCCAAAUAUUACCGAGAUGCUGCUGGAGUGGAGUUCCGCACCCUGAUGAAAGCCUAUGGGAUCCGCUUUGAUGUGAUGGUGAAUGGCAAGGCAGGGAAGUUCAGCCUCAUCCCCACGGUCGUCAACAUUGGCUCUGGGGUGGCGCUCAUGGGUGCUGGGGCUUUCCUCUGUGACCUGGUACUUAUCUACUUCAUCAAGAAGAGCCACUUUUACCGAGACAAGAAGUACGAGGAAGUGAGAACGGUGCUGCUCCCCCCCUAGUGGCUGUAGAGCCUCUCUACUUCCAGUGUGGCCCAGCGGCCUCCCCUGGGAGCUUGUUGGAGAUGGCAGUCGUGGGCCCCUCCCUUCUCCUACAUCAGAACCUGUUUCAGGAAGAUUCCUAGGUGAUCCGUGUGAACAUUGCUGCUUGAGAGCACGGGUUAAAGAGAUCUGCCAAGCCUGGUUCCAAGGGAGGAAAAGGCCCGCUUUGACAGGUGAUGCCAAUGUCUAGGUCAGACUUACACAUAUUGUACUUUGAGAGCAAGAGGAUUCCCCACCCCCACCCCCAGGAAAGUGGCAAGCUCAGUGUAUUUAAAUUAAAAUAUUUUGACUAGAUAAUACUUCUAUGAUUCAAAAACUAAAAGGUACAAAAGAUGACAGUGAAAAGCUCCCCUCCCACCCCUGUUCCCCGAGGCAGCCUGUUAAACAUUUCAAGAGGCUCUCCUGUUUUGCUGAGCAUCUACUUGGUUACUUGUGCCGUCACUCAGGAAAUGAACUCUUCCUGAUGCCUGCAACAUCAGACCAAGUCUCCUCUGUCAGAAAGGGACACGAUGGAGGACACUUAAGUACUGGGCUGGGGAGUCGGCUAGCUCACUUCUCCCUCUCCCAGCGUCUGAGGAGUCCCUGUGUAAACCCAAGAGGAGAGACCUAGAACUCAUCACUCACUGCUGUCUGAUCGCUCAGUAGCAAAGGCCCGCGGUGCUGCCUCUGGCCCAGCAAGCCCUGGUGCUUUGUUCUCACAGCCACCCGGAUGCUAGGGAGCGUCCUCUUUGGAAGUGCGCUCUCUGGGCCACCGUCAAGUCAGAAGGGUUUGGUUCUCUGCACACAGAGGAGGCGGGAAGCAUCCUUCCACUGGGGCCUUUGGAGAGGUCAGAGGGACUUGCAAGAGGGCUGUGCCCCUGGGGCCAAGAAGCAUAGUCCCCCCCAAACAGGAAGCUUGCUCCUUGUCGAGUAACCUGUCAACAAGCCCACUUGCUCUCUGAAUGGAAAGUGAAAACUCCGGGUGAUCCACUAUGGUGUUCACUUCCUCACUAAAGCAAACCCUAGGGUUUGAUAAUCUGGCAUGGUACUUUCAUGUUCCGGAGGAAGUAAAAAGGGCAGGCACCUUG